AUGAAGAACUGCAGCUUCAUGAAAUUAGACCUAUCAUCUUCAAUAACCAAACCCUCUCUUUUCAACACCACAACCAUCUUUCUUUCAUCUUUGAAGGAUGAAAAACUACUUUCUACAACUCUCAAAACCCCCUUUUAUUGGCACCCCACAAACAUAAAGCAAUCUUCAAAACUUGUAAGUACCCUUGUUUCAGUUUUUAAAGCAAAUGGUGGCAUAGCAAAUGCUCGAGUGCCAGUGGAAGUGGAAGUUGCAGAGGGGUACAGUAUGACCCAAUUUUGUGACAAGUUGAUUGAUGUGUUUUUGAAUGAGAAGCCUAGAGUUAAGGAAUGGAAAAGGUAUUUGGUGUUCAGGGAAGAGUGGAAUAAGUACAAGGAAAGUUUCUACACUAGGUGCAAAACAAGAGCAGAUAGAGAGACUGAUCCAACUGUGAAGCAGAAAUUGAUUUCACUUGUCUCUAAGGUCAACAAGAUUGAUGAAGAUAUGGAAAAACACGAUGAGCUUCUUAAGGAGAUUCAAGAUAACCCAACUGACCUCAAUGCAAUUGUUGCAAAACGGCGCAAAGAUUUUACUGGGGACUUCUUUCGUUACCUUGCUCUUCUUUCGGAAACUUACGACAGCUUGGAGGACCGUGAUGGGGUAGCCAGGCUAGCUGCUAAAUGCAUGUCUGCUGUCGGUGCUUUUGAUAAUACACUGGAGAGUUUGGAGACUUUAGAUGCUGCCCAGGCUAAAUUUGAUGAUAUCCUUAACUCUUCUUCAGUGGAUGCAGCAUGUGAAAAGAUCAAAAGCCUAGCCAAGGCAAAGGAACUUGACUCUUCUUUGAUCCUAUUGAUAAAUAGUGCUUGGGCAGCAGCAAAAGAAUCCACUAGCGUGAAAAACGAGGUCAAAGAGAUAAUGUAUAGUUUAUACAAAGCCAUGAAAAGCAGUCUGAGGAGCAUUGCCCCAAAAGAAAUAAAGCUCCUUAAGCACUUGCUGAACAUCGCAGAUCCUGAAGAGCGAUUCUCAGCAUUGGCAAUAGCAUUCUCUCCAGGUGAUGACCAUGAAGCCAAGGAUCCUUAUGCUUUUUACACGACUCCCAAGGAGCUGCACAAAUGGAUUAAGAUAAUGCUUGAUGCAUACCAUCUCAAUAAGGAGGACACUGACAUUAAGGAAGCCAAGCAGAUGUCUCAGCCCGUUAUUAUACAAAGGCUGUUCAUUCUAAAAGAAACCAUUGAAGAGGAAUACUUAGAAGAGACUACAUUUCGAACACAACCAGAAGGGGACACUAAAUUGGAGUACUAUAUUGGAGCUGCUGGAAGAACUGAGGAGCAUGAAAUCAAUUCAUCUAUCGACAAAUCUAUUGAAUAUCAAACCCGUGCAACAUAUGAUGAAGCUUAG